ACGUAUCUAAAUAUCUUCUUCUACCUGCAGACUUUAAAAGUAAAAAAUCUUUGAAGCCCUCUCCUUCAAGCUCGGUUUUUUAUCUCACAGACAGAAAAAUAGCUGACUUGGACGACAAUGAGUGGAACAUUAUCUCAGCCACCAAUUCUUUCCUUCACAGAAAUGGCUACUUCCAUUUCUGAAAUCCACCAAGCCCAUGCUCACCUUCUCAAGACUGGUCUUUUCUACAGCAACACCUUUGCUUCAAACAAACUCAUUUCUUUUGCUGUUACAAAUCCUGACCCAACCACCCUCUCUUAUGCUCACUCCGUUUUCACUCACAUUACUAACCCAAAUUCUUUCUCUUACAAUUCCCUUAUCAGAGCUUAUGCCAAUAGCCGUACCCCUCAAAAUGCUCUCUUUCUCUUUCGUCAGAUGCUUGAAGGCCUCGUCUUUCCUGAUAAGUAUAGUUUCACUUUUGUUUUGAAGGCCUGUGCUGGGUUUGGUGGGGUGCAAGAAGGGAGACAGAUUCAUGCUCAGGUGUUGAAAAUGGGAAUUGGGUUUGAUGUUUUUGUGGCAAAUACUUUGAUUCAUGUGUAUGGAAAAAGUGGGUACUUUGGAGUUGCGAGGAAUUUGCUUGAUAGAAUGACUAACAGGGAUGUUGUUUCUUGGAAUGCUUUGUUGAGUGCUUAUAUUGAAACAGGAUUUAUAAGAUUGGCUCGUGAUUUUUUUGAUGAAAUGGAGGAAAGGAAUGUAGAGUCAUGGAAUUUUAUGAUUUCAGGAUAUUUAAAUAACGGGUUACUCGAAGAAGCUAGAAGUAUCUUUGAUAGAAUGCCUGCAAAAGAUGCGGUGUCUUGGAAUGUUAUGAUUACUGGUUAUGCUCAUACAAGUUGUUUUGGUGAAGUUUUACUGCUUUUUGAAGAUAUGCAGCGUGAGGAAGUGAGACCGGAUAAUUGCACAUUGGUUAAUCUGUUGUCUGCUUGUGCUCAUCUUGGAGCUUUGGGGCAAGGUGAAUGGAUCCAUGCUUAUAUUGGUAAGAAUGGGAUAGGUACCAAUGGUUUUGUAGCUACAGCUCUUGUUGACAUGUAUUCAAAAUGUGGGAACAUCGGUAAGGCUCUAAAUGUGUUUAGAAAUGCUUCGCAGAAGGAUAUUAGUACAUGGAAUUCCAUAAUUGUUGGUUUAGGGAUGCAUGGCUUUGGAGAAAAUGCAUUGGAGACCUUCUCAGAGAUGCUUGCGCAAGGUUUUGAACCCAACGAGGUGACUUUUAUUGCUGUUCUGUCUGCUUGCAGUCGUGCAGGAUUGUUAAAUGAGGGACGUCAUAUGUUCCAACUCAUGGUUGACGAUUAUGGAAUUCAACCAACUAUUGAGCACUACGGCUGCAUGGUGGAUCUCCUCGGUCGGGUGGGAUUAUUAGAGGAGGCUUUGGACCUUGUGGAAACGAGGGCACUGAAAGAAGCUCCUGUGCUUUGGGAGUCCUUAUUGAGUGCCUGUAAAAACCAUGGUAAUGUGGAAAUGGCAGAGCACGUUGCUCGGAAGCUCUUAGAGUUAAACCCACAAGAUAGUGCUGGUUAUGUUCAGUUGUCAAAUACAUAUGCUGCAUUAAAAAGAUGGGAUGAUGUUUUGAAGGUGAGGAAAAAGAUGAAGGCCCUGAAAAUAAAUAAGGAACCUGGAUGUAGCAUGAUCGAAGUAUAUGGUGCUGUUCAUGAGUUUUUAGCUGGUGAAGGAAUGAGUCUUGAUCAAAUCUGACAUUAAUAAAAGUUUAAAGUCUUGUUUGCUUCAGAGAAGUAGCUAUGCUAUCCCAAGAUAUUGCACUGGACACAAGUAACGUGGCAGUUUUGGUUCAGAAUUGAUGCUCAUUCGCUUGAAUGUGGAAAGCCAUGCAGUGGGGAGUGCACGAGAAAAUGAAGGAAGG